GGCUGCUUUUCCUCCUGUGUAAAACCUUUGGCAUGUCUGUUUCCUUGUAAGAAAAACUGGAAUUCCUGAAUGUAAUACACUUUCUAACAGAAGGAAAAGAAAAGCCGAGCAGCCCUGCAAGGGGAGACCAAAAAUCCAUACAGCUUUAGCCUGUCAUACGUUUGGAAGGGAUGAAACUGUCUAAAAGGCAUUUCUGAAGAACAGGGGGAAACUAUAACAUUGCUUUGUGAGGAACACAGUGGAAUAUGGAAUUCAAUUAUCGUCUUCUGUGAAAUUUGUAAAUUUGUGGUUCACAAGCCAGGAAUACAAGGAAAAUAUGGAAAAACAAGGAGAAUUAUCCCUGCUUGACAUACAUUUGCACUUUAAUGAUCCAGACCUGCAUCAUUUAAUAUCAGCAACAGGCAAUGUGAUUACGAUGUAUUGAAUACCUCUGUGUUUGCAUGAGUGACUAUAACAGAAGCAGGAGGAAAAUGUGCUACGGACCAAAUUAGAGUGGACCUUGGGGAAUCUUUCUCACAAAUCCCAGCAGAUGGCAUGGAACACUUGGGGAACUGGAGGUAUCUUCAGUGCCAUAAUUCUGGAUUUUAUCCCUGUGGAUCCAAAAGAGACCAAUGUUGGAAAAAAGUUACUCCCUCUUUCUUCUCCAGGUUAUCUCUCUGCAGAACUCAGGUUUAAACAUGGAUAUGCUCGAUAAGGAGAACUUUGUGAAUAUCACCAAGAGCUCCUUAAUCGAAAUAAACCAUGACAGACGAUUCUACAGGAGUGAUAUGCUAGCAACUGGAGUUAAUACUUCAGAAAUAUUAAACUGGACCAUGGCUUCAGAAAACCUAACGCAUCUCACUACAGAAGGAAGCAAAUUUUCUUUGGAAAAGAACUGGCCAGCCCUUUUGACCGUCAUUGUUAUAGUGGUUACCAUUGCUGGGAAUAUUCUUGUCAUAAUGGCAGUGUCUCUGGAGAAAAAGCUACAGAAUGCCACCAAUUACUUUCUCAUGUCCCUCGCUAUAACUGAUAUGCUUCUGGGGUUUCUAGUCAUGCCUGUUUCUAUGUUGAACAUUUUGAAUGAUUAUGAAUGGCCUUUACAUCGAAAACUUUGCCCUGUGUGGAUUUCCUUAGAUGUACUUUUCUCUACUGCCUCUAUCAUGCAUCUCUGCGCUAUUUCUCUGGACCGGUACAUUGCAAUAAGAAAUCCUAUCCAUCACAGUCGCUUUAACUCAAGGACCAAGGCUUUUGCCAAGAUAAUAGCUGUAUGGACAAUUUCUGUGGGUAUUUCCAUGCCGGUGCCUGUGUUUGGCCUUCAAGAUGACAGUAAAGUGUUUGAUCAAGAAAACUGUUCAUUGUCAGAUGAAAAUUUCAUCAUCAUUGGCUCCUUUGUGGCAUUUUUUAUACCAUUAAUUAUCAUGGUGAUCACAUACUUUUUAACAAUAAAAUCACUCCAGAAAGAAGCUACUUUGUGUAUUAACAACCUUGGAGCUAAGAGCAAACUGGCUUUGUUUAGCUUCCUCCCUCAAAGCUCAAUUUCCUCAGAAAAAUUAUUCCAGCGCUCUUUGCAAAAGGAGCUUGCUCCUUAUGGGAGAAAAACUAUGCAGUCUAUAAGUAAUGAACAAAAAGCCUCUAAGGUCUUAGGAAUUGUCUUUUUCCUUUUUGUCAUUAUGUGGUGUCCAUUUUUCAUCACAAAUGUGAUGGCUGUGUUUUGCAAGGAAUCUUGCAAUGAGCAUAUUAUUGGGGAACUGCUGAAUGUUUUUGUUUGGAUUGGUUACCUGUCUUCAGCAGUUAACCCUCUGGUUUAUACACUCUUCAACCAAACCUAUCGCUCUGCAUUUUCACGCUACAUUCAGUGUCGCUACAGGGAGGAAAAGAAGCCUUUGCAGUUAAUCUUAGUGAACACUAUCCCGGCAUUGGCCUACAACUCAGGUCAGCUCCAGCUUGCACAGAUGAAAAGCUUAAAGAAAGAAGGCAAAAUGAAGACUAAUGACUAUUCUUUGGUUACUAUUGGGUUACAAUCUUUAGAUAAAGCAUCUAAGUCUGGUGUGGCACCACUAAAUGAAAAUGUUAGCUGUUUGUGACUGUGGCACAUGUAGAAAACAAC